UAGAAACUGAUAAAGUUUAUGAAUUAUCCAGUUAGCGAUAAGGGUCGCUAGCCCAUUUUAAUGCAUACCACGAGCAAAUUGCUAAACAUCUGAUAAUAGUUUAGAUAAGUUCGUAAAAACAUAUGUGUAUUCGAAAAAGAACCAUUCGUAACACUCGCUGACAUUGCCGCGCAAUGUUGUGACGGGUGGUUUUGUUUUGAUCGUGCACAGACCCAGAACAAAUAUAAAUACACGAAAAACCGGUAUCAAAAUCAUUCCGGCUAUUUUGUUUUGUUAGUUGUGUAAUUGUUUCCUUCUGAUAUCAAGCACACUAAAAGAAUAUUUAAAAAAUGCCCAUUACAACUUCACUCCGUUAUCUGGCACGGGGAAUGUAUAAUCGGUGGUACGGGUUAAUAAUUCCACGCAAUAUACACACUACAGUGCAGCUUUUACACGGUGAAUACGAAUGGCAGGAUCCCAAAAGCGAGGACGAAGUCGUAAAAAUAACGUACAUCGAUAAGGAUGGCAAGGAAACGACGGUUCGGGGGAAGGUCGGAGACAAUGUGCUUUAUCUUGCUCAUCGAUACGGUGUCGAAAUGGAGGGCGCUUGCGAGGCUUCGCUGGCCUGUACCACCUGUCACGUGUACGUGCAGGAAGAGUACCUCGAUCGUUUAAACGAACCGGAGGAGAAGGAAGACGACCUGCUCGAUAUGGCACCAUUUUUGCGGGAAAACUCCCGGCUCGGGUGCCAGAUUGUGCUGCAAAAAGAUCUAGAAGGGAUGCGGUUACAGCUUCCGCAAGCAACGCGAAAUUUCUACGUCGACGGACACAAACCAAAGCCGCACUAGUUUUGUUUUAAUUUUUUUUUGUGUUGUUAGUUUUAUAGCGUAUAGGUUGGUUGUAAAAUUUUCGUUAGAUAGAGCUAAAGAGACGUUCGUUCAAAGGCAAAAAAUGGCGAACGUUAGUUUCUGCGUGCCAGGCAACCGUUAAAUUCAGUGAACAAAAUUACAAUAAAAAAAACGUUACAUAUGAGACGUUUAAUAAUAGGCGACGGAUACAUCCAAUCCCCUUUACUUUCAAGCCGAUCGCACGCAUCACUGAUGGGCAUUUUCUCUUUGCUUCUUGACCAGAAUUUCCGGUUUCAUCUCGAUCUGGGCUGUCUUAGAUUUUCGCAAAAAAAAAACAUUAUACAAUUUGCAUAGCUGUACAUAAACCGGGUGCAUCUUCUAAUGCUGCUGACCACUAGGCGAAGGGUCGAAAUAGAAGCAUUAAAAAAAAGAUCAGGGGGAAGUUUCUAAACAAGUCUUAGGGGCAGUGCGGUUUGACUAGUUUCUCUUCAAGGUCAACUUUUUCUUUCGACACACACGCACCUAAUAGUGCGCGAAAAAAACUCUUGUUAAAGGCUU